AUGAAUACACAACACAUCACUCACAUCGAUUUUUCUGCUUGUAAUUUUCGACUUCGGCGGCGGCAAACACUACGCCAAAUUGCGAACUACUUAAUUUUAUAUUCACAAAUCGUUGAUAUAUUCAUAAUAAAAUGGAUCAAAUCGCGAAGUUUGUUGAACCUGGUAAGCAGUUCGCCAAGGAUUCGAUCAGAUUGGUCAGAAGAUGCACUAAACCUGACAGAAAAGAAUUUCAAAAGAUUGCUAUUGCCACAGCAAUUGGUUUCUGCAUCAUGGGUUUCAUCGGCUUCUUCGUCAAGCUGA